ACCAAUACCCAAUAAUAAAAUGUAAAAUAUUCAUUCGAUUGAGAACCUUUGAACUAAUAGGACUUCAAAAAACCUGAAAAAUAACAAAAACAAUAAAUUUAAAAAAAUAUUCGGGAAAGAAAUAUACAAAAUAAUUUAAACAGAAAAAUUUGAAAAACUAGAAUCGAAUAGUGAUUUUUUUUUUUUUAAUAUAAAGCAAAAACUUUAAUAUUUUAAAAUGGGGGACCGUUACCGUCGGACACGUGACUAUUCCAGUACUGAUGAUGAUAUGGAGCUGAUGAUCCGUCCGACUAAGAGGCGUCGCCUGUUGCCCUCCAGAGUCAAGAUGCUGGACAACGAAACCGCCGUGGAGACCUUUGGGCGACUGAUGAAGGCACUGAGCAUCCAGAACGGCUGCUCCAUGGAGCUGAAGCUGGAGGACUUGUCGUACUUCUAUAACGACAAUCUGGAGGACAGCAAGCAGGCUGUCCUGCGCAUCCUGGCCUCCUGUGUGAUCGAUCAUCCGGCCCAUGCCAGUGCCUAUGCCACCUUUGUGGGUCUCCUGAAUAUCGGAAACUUCCAGUUUGGAGCCGAGUGCGUCCACUUUAUGAUGCACAAGCUGCGCACCUCCAUGGAGGACAAUCAGUGGAAGAAUUCCCACGGGAUCAUGGCCUUUAUAGUGGAACUGUUCAACUGCAAUGUGGUCACUUGCAAUUCGCUGAUCAGUCUGCUCACCUGCUUCCUGAGCGAGUGCGUCGAGGUGGAGGAGGGCGACGAAGUGUCUGAUAUAGUUCCGCAGGCUCGCCGGGAUUGGCUGGCCUUCUGUGUGCUGUCCACCCUUCCGUCGGUCGGCAAGGAGCUGCAACAGAAGUCGGCCAGCUUCCAGGGCCUUCUCCUCACGCUGCAGAUCUAUGUGAAGAAGCGCAUUCCGUUGCAUGCCGCGAUGCUGGGAAUCUGGAAUGGCGGCAGCGGUUGCGCCCAAAUGGACUACCUGGACCUGCUCUGGCAGCAGGUGGAGCGACUGCGGGAUCAGCAGUGGCUAGAGCCGGAGCACCAGCUCCUCCAGCGCCCGUACCUGGCCUUCGACGACACCCUGAGUGCCGCCCUGCAGCAUGUCCUGCCCCCCCUUAAGAUGCCAUCGCAUACCCAGAUCUCUGCCUAUCCCCCCGCCCGGGUGGUGUUCCGCAUUUUCGACUUCUUCACUUGCCCGGAUGGCCUGCAAAUGCCCCCUGUCCUGAGCGUGGAACGGCACCUGCUGGAGGUUCAAAUCCAGGAGAUCCUCAAGGUACAUCACUUGGAGCGCAAGCUCUGCUCCGAUCAUCUCUGCAACUAUGCCAAGUCGAAGCCCCUGAUGCCGGUCCACUUCUGUAUCGUGGAGGUGAUCCUGGGCGAGAUGCUGCAGCUGCCCACUUCGCCGUGGAUCACCCUCAACUAUGGCUCCAUCCUGGUGGAGCUGAGCAAGCGUCAGCCGGACAAGAUCCCGAUGGCAGUGAUGCAGGGGGCGGACAUCAUCUACGCCCAGCUGGAGUCCAUGAGCGUGGCCUGCUUCGACCGUCUGGUGAACUUCUUCUCCCACUACCUCAGCAACUUUGGCUUCAACUGGCACUGGGGCCAGUGGGGCAAGGGCUGUACUGGUGCCUCCGCCCUCAACAGCAGCCAGAUGUUCAGUUCCGGCGACUUCCAGACCAAGACGGUCUUCCUGCGGGAGCUCAUCAAGAAGUGUCGCCGGCUAUCCUAUCACCUGAACAUGACCCAGGUGCUACCGGAGAACAUGCUCCACUUCCUGCCACCACCUCCACAUCCCCAGUUCAAGUACAUAGAUGAGCUGGUGCCGGGAGCGAAGCUCUCCCAAUUGCUCCUGGAGGCGAUGAGGGGACGGAGGGCGGAGCCCACCGAGAUCAGCACCAUCCUGACGGGGAGUACUGAUCUGCAUCUUCUGAAGAUAAAUGUGAUGACCCAGGUGUGCCUCCACAUAGGCUCCAAGUCGUUCACUCACACCUUCGCCACCCUCACCCGAUACCAGACGGUCUUUAAGCAACUCAUCCAUAGCGAGUCGGAGCAACAUGCCAUUCUGAAGGGAGUCUUCGAGCUGUGGGCCGGAAACGAGCAGUUCAAGUACGUGGUGGUGGAGAAGCUCAUCCGAAUGCAGAUCGUGGAGGCCAAGUACGUGGUGACCUGGAUCUUUGCACCCCAGCUCCGCGUGGAACUCACCAAGAUGUACAUCUGGGAGCUGUUGCAUGCCACUGUCCGUACUGUGAAGCAUCCCUCCCGACUGCUGCCUCGGAAACGCAGUCCCGAAACGGUUAAGGCUUUGGAAGAAAUGGACGACACGGAGGUGGCCGUCAAGGGUAUUCUGCUGGAAAUCAUCCAUCGUUUCGUCAAGGUCCUGGCCGGAUCGACCGAGGGACCUGAGGGCUCCAAUACCCAUUACUGGUGCCAGUGGGUCCAGGGCAGGAUGCAGGAGUUCCUGUUCGUCUACUCGGAGGACUAUAAGAAGAUGGGCACCAAGCUGGUGAAGAUCUCCGAGGAGUCUGAUCUAAGGAAGGGCGUUAUCAAGACCAUUCAAGCCUUCCUAGCCUAUACCAUGUAGAUUUUUCGAGGAGAUAGGACAUUUUAAAGCAUGUUUUUAAGAUUUUCUAUCAUCUUCUAGUGGAAGUUCUAUAAGGAAAUUUUAAGAGAAUUAUUACCUUUAAGAGAGAUCUUUAAAUAAUUUAUAUAGUUAAUAUAUAUAAUAUAUGAAAAUAAUAUAUGUAUAUUAAUUGAUUCCAA